AUGCGUGGUUGCCAGGGAGAGGAAGCAUCGCCACGGGUCCGGUGGGGAGGAAGCGCUGCCAUCGCCCUCGAGCUGGAGCGUGGCUACGACACCGUGUCUUUCGUAGUCCCAGCCGGUCGUCUUGAUGCCGGCAAAGGUCCGGACGGGGCUGUUCACACCAUCGGCGCCCACCAGCAGGCGCGCAGCGAGGGAUUGGCCGCCAGAGAGCUGGACAACGGGCCAUUCGCUCAGGUCCACGUCCUCCGUCUCCUUGCCAUAAUCGAUGCUCUCAACCUUGGAGUUAUCGAAUGUGUCGACCCCACCGAGCUCCUUGAGCCUCUUGAGAAGACCAGAUGUGAUGUUCAAGUUCUCAAUCAUGUAAGCGAUGUUCUUGGACGCAGAGCCUCCCUGCCAGUCAAAUUCGAUACGUGCUCCAGUAACACCAUCCCACACCUGCAUUUCCUGGUACUCCUGGAUACGGCUCCGCUGCAUGUGCGACCAUGCGCCUAUAGAGUUGAGGAACUGGGCCGAGGCUGGUGUGAGGGAGCUGCAGCGGUUGGAGAAUUGGGUUGGCGGCAGAGAGAAGGCGGCCGUCUUCGCAAGGUCCUGGGCCUCGACGAGGGCGACACGGAGACCAGAUGUGAUUGGGUUGGAGCCUAUGGAGAAGAGUCAGCAUGA